GACCGAGUUCGUUAAAACUCGGUGAGCAAGACCGGGAAGUUGUAAACACCAAAAGUUAUGGCGGGAAGCGAGUCGCAGAAGCAUCUCUUGAAGCUAAUUCGUGAGUUCGCGACUGAGAAAUCUCAAGGAGAACGUAGAAUAGCCAAUCUCAGGAAGCGAGUGCAGGAGCUUCAAACUAAACUAGAUUGUGCAAAUGCUGAACUAGAAGAAGCAAAAGGUAUGAAAGAAGAAGCUGAGCAAGAGCUGAUAGGAUACGAAGUUGAAUUGGCUAUCAGCGGAGCUUCAAUUCAAACCUUACAGACUAGGACAUCUCUUAUUCAGAGUGAGAUAUCAAGAGUUGGGCCUGAUCUGGAAUCCCUUAAGGUACUUACUAUGUAUUCAAUUAUCCCUUCUUACAUAGUAUUUAAAUACGAUAACUUCAUAUCCAAGAUGCUUGAGCUUAAUUCACAAAUAAGGAAAUUUCAAGAGGAAGUAGCUUGUCUUGGAAUCCAUGAAGGAAAUUCUUCCACAGUUUCACCUAAUGAUGGAUGCCAUGAAUUUCUUCCAGAUGCAGAUCAGGAACCUGGUGCAAAAGAAUCUGAUAUUACUAUAAAAGCUCUUGAGCAAAGCAUUUCUGACUUGAUAUCUCAGACUAGGUUAGCAGAACUAGAAUACCAAUCAGAGCAAGAUAUUCAUAAGCAGCUCCAGAAUGAUUUGACUGAUAUUGAAAGAAAGAUAUUUCUGAUGGAGGAAAUCACAAAAGAAACUUUUGUGUUGCAAGACUUGACCAUGCAGACUUCUGAAUUAGAAAAUACAGUUACCUCUCUUGGUGAGGAGUUGCAGAGAAGGUGUAUAUGCCCUUAUUGUCACGCGGAUAAUGCAGACGCCUUGGAUAGAAUGCUUCGGGCAACUGACGAGAAUCAAAGUCAGGUACUUUGCUGGACAUUGGCUAGGCUCAUUAAAUCCUUCUUUCAGUAUUUAUAGACUGCAUAUCAAUU